CUUUCUACAUCUCCGCUGUCAAAUGCCAUUUUGACCGGCUCGCGUUUACCCUCUUCCUCUUCCACGCAGUCUCUCCACCAAGUCUUCGUCGUGUCCGUUCUCCUCUCAAACUUUGCACUUACCCGUCGGUUUUGUGGUCGCCUUCACCUUUUUUUUCUCUUCCAAAACUGCUCUCUCCCUCUCUUUCUCCAUUCUUCCCCCUUCCCUUCGAUCAAGCUCCUCCCCCACUUUUUCACAUACUCGCUCCCUUUCUUUAGACACAUUUUCCUAGUUCAGUCCCGAGUUCGCGAUUUAAAAAAAAUUUACCCUUACUUUACGCCCAACUCAUCUCUUUCCUUCCAACAGCUCCCUCUCCCCGUUACCUCACCGUCACCAUCUGCUAUCGACGCUCGUUGUCGUCAGCCACACGGAAACCCUGCUCCCCAGCGUUUUUUUGUCAACCCUCAACCAUCAUCCCCCCAUUCAUAAUUAGUCCCUUUGCACGUUAAAUAUUUCAGUCUCCCACCACCUCGUUGCCCAUAUCAAUAAUACCUCUUCCUUCCACUCACGACCACGACCACUGCCACACUCCAACCGACAAGCGAUAUCCGGCGAACGACCACUGCGGUCGAUAUAAAGCAGUACCCCUUCAAAAUGGUGUUCAACGACUCUAAUCCUUCGUUCAGCAUCUCCAGCAUCCUAAGUCGCUACGACUCCUCUGCCACCGCCACCACGCCAUCCACAAUCUCCAAACCGCUUCCUACGAAGAAACUGGUUAAUAAUGCAAGGCCAAAUGGUACUGGCUCCGGUCCAAUCACCUCCACCACCACAUCACCACCCCGAUCCUCCCUAUCGUCUACGUCCAAGUCCGCUGCAUCGCAAAUGUCUCGAGAUACCACAACAAAAGUGGUAACUUCAUCCAAGCCGGACAUCAACUCUAUCAAAAGGCGCAAGACCGAAGAAGUUCCAAAAAGUUCAUUGGAGUUAUUGAAGGAGAGGAAGGAGUUACUUCAACGCAAAAGCGGGGGGGUGACUACUAGCACCUCAACUGCUGUGUCCAAUUCUACCAGCAAAGUUGCCCCUCCGAGACUGUCGACUGGUGCUGCGACUGCCAGGCCCGGCUCUGGAAUCAGGACAGCAGGAACCGCCAAACCUGUGGCUGAAGCCCCGAAACCGAUGUCUUACCGUGAGAGGAUGGCAGCUGCCUUGCAAGCUGGAGCAGAAAAAAAACCGGCUGCAGGAACUAUCACCCAUAAAGCUCGACCUUUAGUGAAGGAAAAGAAGGCCUGGCAGUUGAAAUUGGAAGGGCAGGGUGAAGGGAAAGGAGCGGAUACUAUGGCCGGUAGGAAUAGUAAAAGUCCAGGCGUUUCCGGGGGGGAAAAGGCGGCUUCCACCUCAAAAAAGACGGCUGAUAUUGCCAAACCGGUGACGAAAAAAUCGUCUAAUGGAGCGAAUGGUUCCGCCAAUGGGGUUGGAAGUGCAAAUGGUGCAAAUGGGCGAAAAUCUUCUAUCGGGAAUGGUGUCAUGUCUUCGUUGAAGGGCAAAGAUAAGGACAGGGGCAAACACUUGGAAGCCGGUAUGAAGAGGAAGCGCGAAAGUCCUCCGCCAAAAUCCGGAUACUCUAGCUACUCAAGAAACAAAUAUUCCACCAACCACAAACGAUAUGGAUAUGGGCCCCCCCGGCCAGAUUCGUAUGAAGAAGACGAUCCCGAUGAUGAUUUCGUGGUUAAUGAUGAGGAUGAUGAAGACGAUGCAUAUGGCAGGGGUGGUGGCUAUGGCGGCUUUGCAAAGAAGAAAUAUUCAUACAUUGAUUACGAUUCAGCCAGUGACAUGGAAGCUACCGGGGCAGAUGUAUUGGAAGAGGAAGAACGCAGUCGUCGUGUCGCCGCCAAAGAGGAUGCUGCGCAAGAGAAAUUUGAAAGAGAGCUGGCUGCCAAAAAAGCAGCCCUCAAGAAGAAGGGUGUCCUCACGAAGAAGAAGUAAUUGCGAUUUCAAGGGCUUUCCAACGUUUCGAACAUUCCCCGUAUCACUAUCACUCCCACUUUCAUUUCCUGUAAUAUUCUUAGGCCUUUGUCGAAGUUCAUUAGGUACAUCUCCUGUUAGGCGAUCCUUUCGCACCUAAUCCCUAGCUAAAAACAGGUUUCCUGCUAAAUUUUUUUUUUUUCAUCUCUGGUGUUUGGAGAGGUCGCUUCUUUUUUCGUUCACUUUUCUCAUUCUCCUUUCUCUCUUCUUUUUUCUAGAAAGAGGCCUUUGUAAUGGGCAAUUUUUCCUUUGUGGCUUCUUAGUUGUCACUACAUGCUACCUAUCUACCUACCUACCCUUUUUCUACGCUCAAAUCAGGGCUUUUUUGUUCUGAGCUAUAACGCUUUUUUCUCCCUCCCUACAUUCUGUUGUAUCAAAUUUCUUCGGGCUUUUCUCUUGGUAGCGGUCAUCUUGCGCCGGCGUUGUUCACGGACUUCUCUCCCAUUUUCAUCACCCUACUUAUUUAUUCUCAGCUACGGAACACACUGCUGCCUGACUGUUCACCCCUCUCUUUUGUCUCUGGAUGUUUUCUUGUUUGCUGGUUGGAGUAUGGUUGCGUCCUAGAGUAGUUGACUUUGAAGGUGAAAUGGUAUGAUAUCCGUUUUUCCCAAA